CAACGAGAAACGCAGCUCGCAUUUCACUCGCACCGACACAUUCGCGCGGCCGCUGCAGCUGGCUGUGGCAGUACUCGCCUUGCUCGCGAUGGCACACGAUCGCGCAUCGCGAAGGCUCCUCGCCUGCCGUUCGCGAGCAUUCGCGGCGGCAGUCGUCGCGUUGGGGUCGUUUGCCGUCGCCUCGCUCGCGUCCGCUCCCCCGUCGAUUCGCGGCGUCGCGCCUCAAGACUGGGCGCACUUCUCCGGCAGCACGGUGGCGUGUCGCGACGGGUCGCGGUGGAUCGCAGCCAGCCGCGUGAACGACGACUUCUGCGAUUGCGCUGAUGGCACCGACGAGCCGGGCACGUCGGCCUGCGCCCUCGCGCGCUUCUACUGCCGCAAUCGCGGGCACACGCCGCUCUCGCUCUUCUCCUCGCGAGUCAACGACGGCAUCUGCGACUGCUGCGACGGGUCGGACGAGUACGCCAGCGGGGCGGGCUGCAACGACACGUGCGUGCAGAUGGGUGCGGAGGCGCGCAGCCAGCUGGCAGCUGACGUGGCGGCGGUGAGGGAGGGAGUGAAGCUGCGGGGCAAGGCGAUAGUGGGGCACGUGGCGAACCGGGAGAAGUGGGAGCGCGAGGUGAAGGACAUCGAGGAGCGCCGCGCAGAGCUGGUGGAGCAGGAGAAGGCGCUCAGAGCGCGCAAGGAGGCGUUGGAGCAGCAGGAGGCGCGGGAGAAGGCGUGGCGGGCGCGGCUGGAGAGGGAGCAGCGCGCGCGAGAUGCGCUGGUGGGCCAGGGGAGGGCGGGCAGGACAGGUGCAGGUGGGGGGGGUGGAGGGGAUGGUGGUGGGGAGAGUGGCGCUGGUGAAGCAGAGGCAGUCGCAGCGCAGGCUGAGGCGCUCAUGAACAGUGCUGCUGGUGCUGCUGGUGCUGCUGGUGCUGCUGGUGCUGCUGGUGCUGCUGGUGCUGCUGGUGCUGCUGGUGCUGAUGGUGCUGCUGGUGCUGAUGGUGCUGCUGGUGCUGAUGGUGCUGCUGGUGCUGCUGGUGCUGCUGGUGCUGCUGGUGCUGCUGGUGCUGCUGGUGCUGAUGGUGCUGCUGGUGCUGAUGGUGCUGCUGGUGCUGAUGGUGCUGCUGGUGCUGAUGGUGCUGCUGGUGCUGAUGGUGCUGCUGGUGCUGACAGCAGCAGUGGCGGUGUGGAGGGGGGUGUUGCACCUGGUGGUGAUGGGGCGGGUGCAGGGAGUGAGGAGAGGGGGCAAAGGGAGGAGGGAGCAGAAAGGGGGGAGGGAGGAGCAGAGGAGGAGUUAUCGGGUCUGUCGAAGGAGGAGAUGGGCAGGCGGAUUGCAUCCAGAUGGACGGGAGGGGGGGAGGGAGGCGAGCAGCACGAGGGCAGCGAUGGAGGGCACGGCGGGCAUGGUGUGAAGCACGGGGGAGAGCAGCAUGGCGGGCACGGCAUGGAUGGCGAGGACAGCUCGCCCCAUGAUGUGGGCUAUGCUGAUCUGGACGCGGUGCAUGAUGACGAUGAUGGCGAUGGCGAUGGCGACCGUGACUACAGUGGCAGUGACGAGCACGAGUACAAGGAGGAUGCUGAUAACGAGGAUGGGGACUAUGAUAAAGUGGACGAGGAGGACGGGGACAGGGAUGACGAUGUUGACGGUGAAGGGGGGGAGGAGGCAGCGGACUUGGAGCAAGCGAUGGGGGGCGGGGGAGGGCAGGCGAACGAGGGCAAGAGAGGGGCAGGGGGGAUGGAGAGGGGGCGGAGGAGGAUGGGGAGGAGGGCGAGGUGAGCGAGGAGGAGUUGAGGCAGAUGGAGGAGUUCAGCAAAGAUGACCCGCCAGCCGUGACACCUGUCAGCAUCUGGUUGGCUCGUGCCCUCCACUGGCCCGUAGCUGUGUGUCCGCGCCUCUACUCCCUCGCUGCUGCCACGCCACCCCUCACCCUCAACGCCUCUGGCCUGGCAGCAGCGAGGGAAGCGCACCGGGAGGUGGAGGAGCGGGUGAGGAACGCGAGGAGCCGCGCCAAGGUGCUGCGAGACAAGCUGAAGCGCGACUAUGGCCCUCACGGGGAGUUCUCCAACCUCGUGGACCGCUGCUUCUCCUUCCCCGCCAACCAGUACACGUACGAGAUCUGCCCGUACAAGAAGGUGGUGCAGAAGGAAGGGCACUCUGAAACCACCAUUGGGUGAGUGCUUGUGGUGA